AUGGCGGAUGUCAAGAAGAAAAUCAAGGCGCGUCAAGGCCACCGUACAUUUGUAGAAAGCGUUAUGACAGAAUCUCGUGAGUUGAUUGCUGGUGAAAUUACUGAAGAUAUCUGUCGGAAGCUACAAGUAAAUAAACGAAUUUUAGAAGGUAAAAUUGCUCUCUUGGAAAGUAUAAAUGGUGAAAUUGUUGAUCUUUUGAACGUGAAAGAUAAUAUCGAGAAGGAAAUUAUUGAUAGCUCAGAGUUUAAUGCCACAGUCGACGAAUGCCUCGUUCAAAUUGAUAUUGUAUUGACGGAAAGUGAAAAAGUUCAAGUGAGUCCACAUCAACCAGUUCUUACACCAAGUACUGCACCUAUCAAGGCUAAAUUACCUAAGUUGUCUCUGGUAAUCCUGUUGACUGGCAGGCAUUUUGGGAUUCGUUUGAUUCUGCAGUUGGGUCAAACUCGUCAUUAAGUGAUGUGGACAAAUUCAAUUACUUGAAAUCAUUAUUACAUGGUUCUGCAGCAGAAACAAUCAGUGGAUUUUCGCUUACAAAGGAAAAUUAUUGUGAAGCUAUCAAAUUACUAAAAGAAAGAUAUGGGAAUAAGCAAGUUGUUAUUUCAAGUCAAAUGGAUUCCUUGUUGAAAUUGCCUGAAGCUACAUCAAUGGGUGAGGUGAAGAAACUGAGAAAUAUUUAUGACAAGUUGGAAUCGCAUGUUCGAAUUCUACAAAAUGUUGGUGUUUCUCCAGAUACAUAUGGUUCAUUUCUUGCUCCAGUUGUUAUGUCAAAGAUUCCAGAAGAAUUGAGUAUUAUUAUUACAAGGGAUUUGCCAUCUGGUGAGUGGAAAUUAGAACCACUUCUCAAGAUAUUUAAUACAGAAUUGCAACUGCAAGAGAAAUGUGCCCUUGUCAGUGGUACUGGUCAGCGGAAAGAACAACAUUUCAGUCAAAGGGAAAUAUAUCAAUCGUUAUCAAUCAUCUACAGCUGCCUUGCUAACAGAGAACAAGAAUGUUCAAUCAAGGGAAGGGCCAUGGUGUACAUUUUGUAA